ACGGAGGCGGACUUCAGAGUUUUGUCGCUGGCCAUCAACUCCCUCAGCUCGGAUCAGCAGCAGCAGCAGCAGCAGCAGCAGCUGGAGAAGCACUCUCUCUUUCCAAACUUCGGUUACUUGUAUCCAGAUGGGACCGACAGAAUCCGCAAGGCCUGGAACGACCCCACCCUUAGGGCAGCCUUGGAGCCUUACCCCGUAGCUGCGCCUGCUGCUGCAGCAGCAGCAGCAACAGCAAUAACAGCUGCUGCUGCAGCAGCAACAGCAACAGCAACAGCAACAGCAGCAGCAGCAGCAGCAAAUGGAGUGUAUAUGACUGAUAUCUUGCUGCUGCAGGAAAGAGACAAAGCAGACAUGACUACUCGUUUCAAAACCCUGGAGGAUCUCCUUUAUAGGGAGAUGGUGCAGAUGUGCGAACUAACCUUCGAGCAGCAAUUUCAUUACGGAGUGUUCUAUGCUUGGGUGAAGCUGAAGGAGCAGGAGAUCCGGAACAUCGUCUGGAUAGCAGAGAUGGUGUGUCUCCAGUUGCUGCUGCAGCAGCAGCAGCAACAGCAACAGCAACAGCAACAACAGCAGCAGCAACAGCACUGA